CAAGGGAUCACGACUCUCUCCCCUCAGUUCGACGACCCAACAUCGAACGAUUAGUCUCCUUCUCAGGACACCAUUCAGCAUCUGAUAUACCCAAAACUCCCCUCCUAUGGGCAUUGAUUUGGACCCUUUGGAUGAAAUUUUUCCCGAGCGUGCUACGAAUUAUGCAGCUAGUGCUGGUGGCAAGUUUCGGUCCAAGGGAAAACCACAAUCAAGAAAAGAAUCACUUGCAUCAGUUCCUUCCACACAGUCUGUUCAGACUGUUGAUAUUGCAGAGAAUAAAUUGCUUGAUCUGGUCAGUCCAUCUGUAGCUACCUCUGAGACUAAAAACCCAUUAAAAAACAAUGAAGAUUCUGUUUCGGAAGUUCAUUUCUCCAGUGACUGUCCAUCAGUGAACCCCUUACCAGAACAUGCUGUGACUGAAGAGACUCUAAGCAGCAAUAUUGGUGUGCAAUCUGAUGUUGUGGCAUCCAAUGCCAAUGGAGAUUGGCAUUUUGUCACUGGAAAAUCAGCGGGACAGAAUGCAGACAUAUUUUUUGGGCUGGAAUGUCUUGAUGAUUUUUAUUCUCAAUCUUCAACUGCAAUGGUUACGUCACUGGGAAAUGAGUUCUCUACAUCAUCUCUUGCAAAUAAUGGUGCAGAAGGCUCUCUUGCACGUUCAGAGAUACCUACUGUUUAUGUUUCUGAUACCACGAGUGCAGAAGAGGGACCUCAUAUUUCUAUUGUUUCUAAUAGUGAUGGAGGAUUUCAUAUUGAUAAUAGAAGGUUACACAAAGAGUUUCAGGAAGGGGUGGCCGUUCCUUGCUUGGAAAUUUUAGACAUGUAUGAGUUAAUCACAAGAUCUGGACGUUGCGGUGGCAAAUUCCAACGCAAGCCCAAGAUUCAAAUUGCGAGACAGAAACCUGGUGCUGACACUUCUCAUCCAGAUGCAGUUGAGUCCAUUCCAUGUCCACAACAAGCUCAGUCAAUUCCUUCUGAAACUGAAUGCAUGAACGAGGGUUCAAACCUUGCAUUCCCAUCUAACAAUAUUGUUGAUUUCCCAUCCUUGAGGUUUGAUAAUUCUACAUCUGAACUCCCAGUGAAUGAACCAACAACCAAUUUUAUGGAUGCUUCUCGCUCAAUCCCAGAAAAAGUUGUAAUUUGUUCAACUUCUAUUCUUUCGUACAUUUAUUGUUUGCAUGAGUUAAUUAUUCUGUUUAAUUGAGUUAA